ACGAAUAUAGACAGCAACUGUAUUAUGGAGUAGUCGCUAUAUAUCGUUCGACGAGGAAGGGAGCGUGUGAUUUUUGGAGCAGCAAGUUCAGGGUCGUUGGCAAAUUCGUUGCGGUUCAAAAGUAUUAGUCUCCGGCGAAUAAGUGAUAUAAUCUUUAGUCGCAGCAAUGGCUUUCCGUGUGCUAUCGUACUCCAACAAUCUAAAGCAUACCGCUUUGAUCACCGAACUGCUGUCUAGAUCCUUCUGCAGUGGACCCAAGAAUGUUGGAUUCAUCGGACUGGGCAAUAUGGGCGGACCAAUGGCCAGUAAUUUGAUGGCAAAGGGACACAAGCUACACGUGUUUGAUGUUUCGGCAAACGCAAAGGACGCCAUGAAAACCAAGGGCGCUGUUACCUACGACAAUGUGUCGGAUUUGGCCAAGGUUUCAGAUUUCGUCAUCACAAUGCUGCCAACGAAUGAUAUUGUAGCGGACACCUACGACACCAUCUUGGCCGGAGGAAUCAACACUAGCACCAUGUUUGUCGAUUCAAGCACUAUCGAUCCCAAUGUGGCAAAGGCUGUUCAGAAGAAAAUCAAAGCAGCUGGCGGUACCUUUGUCGAUGCACCCGUAUCCGGUGGUGUGCCUGGAGCCCAGAAUGCAACAUUGACCUUCAUGGUCGGUGGAACGACGGAGGAGUAUGAUCGGGUCAAGGGUUUGUUAGAGGGUAUGGGCAAGAAAAUAACUCAUUGCGGUAGCUACGGAAUGGGACAAGCUGCCAAGGUUUGCAACAACAUGAUGCUCGGUAUCUCGAUGUGCGGACUGGCUGAAUGCAUGAAUCUGGCCAUAAGACUUGGAUUGGACGCUAAGGUAUUUGCUGAUAUAAUCAACGCAUCCACCGGACGCUGUUGGGCAUCAGAAGUCAAUAACCCAGUGCCCGGAUUGAUUCCCACAGCUCCGGCUGCCAAGGAGUACGCUGGCGGUUUCGCAACCGGUUUGAUUACUAAGGAUCUGGGAAUUGCGUCAGCCGUGGCAACAUCUUCAAACACCCCGAUUCCGCUGGGAGCUUUGACUCAUCAGAUCUACCGCACGCUGAUGGCUAAAGGGCUGGCCAACAAAGACUUCUCCGUGGUGUACGAUUUUAUCAAAAACAACGAUAAGGUCUAGGUCGAUAGUUAGCUCAGGCGCAAGGAUUUCUUUCAAAAUUACACGUCUUCCAGAGUAUGCAUUUAUUAUAUAGCUUUUAUCCUUAUUGAGCAGGAUAUGAGCAAUCGCAUUUGUUUUAUUCAGUAAAUAAAUAUAAAUAAAAAGUUA